GUUUCUGCGGAAAUUUCUGAGGGGAAAAAAUAAAAAAACCAGAAACGAAUCCAAAGCUUGGGGUGGUUUCAUUUUUCCAUUUCAAGCCUCCUCUGUCUUCCAUUCCUUUAUCUCUUCAUCUCUGUCAUAAUUACUUCACUUCUCAUUAAUUUCUUACCUAAACAGCCUCCAAAAACAUUUGAACGAUCAAACUUGGAAUUGCGAAUUUUUAAGGUUCUCUUCCUAAUUAGGUUAGCUGUCAGACGUAAGACAAGUGGAUACUCAUCGAUUUCGUGCCGUUCAUUCUCAAGGUCGCCGAUCUCGUUCAGUCCUUUCCCAGGUUCCGGCUAUGAACUGGAUUCAACGCAAGAUCUAUCUCUAUAAUGUUACUUUUGGCCUCUACAUGCUAGAUUGGUGGGAGCGCUAUCUUUUCAAUACUUUGGUGAUCAUUUUGAUGUGGUUCAUCUUUUACAAUGGAUCACGAUAUGCGACUGAGUUCUGCAAGAGGCAUCUUUCAUGAAGAAGCUCAGGAAUUGUAGAAAAUGUUGAACCAUCAGAGAAGCUUCUAAUCUGUAAGAUUCUUACCUUUGCUUUCUUCUAUGACUCUAGUUCCAGCAUAAUCUCCCCAUCUUUAAGCAGUCUCUUAUUUUAUUUGAACUCAUCGGUAUUUCUUCCUCACCUUCAACGUGACAAAUGGCGUGACUUCGUAUUGGCAUCUCUAAGAAAAAAUUUUGUAGUGAUUCUGUUAAAUUGAGUGAGGAAAUUUUUAAGUGUUGUAUUCUUUCUGAGUCUUGUUUGAAGUUUGAUUUCAGAAAUUAAAGAACAAAAAGAGGAAACAAGACCAUUUGGCUCUAGUAGUACCAAUCAUCUCGCUUCUACGCGAAGCAUCUGCAAUUCUACGAAAUAUUUAACGAGUUCUUAAUAGUUAACAAGUUUCUUCCUAUCAAUUUAACAAUUGAAUACUUCACCA